AUGGCGGACUCGUCAGGGACGACGCUGAUGGAUCUGAUAACGGCGGACCCAUCCACAGCGUCGGCCUCCGCCUCCACAACGACGUCGUCUUCGGCGUCGACUCAGCCGGCUCAGUCUUCUGGUUAUGCAGCUUCGCCGCCAAAAAGCAGCUCCGGUGGUCUUCCGACGGCUUUGGGGAAGCCAGCUGGAGAGAAAAGGUCGAAGAGGGCUGCGCUGAUGCAGAUCCAAAACGAUACCAUCUCUGCCGCUAAAGCUGCGUUGCAUCCCGUACGCACCAACAUCAACAUCCUGCCUCAGAAGCACAAGCAGAAGCAGAAGAAGCCUGUUUCAUAUGCACAACUUGCGAGGAGUAUUCACGAAUUAGCUGCUGCAUCCGAUCAGAAAAGUUCCCAGAAGCAGUUAGUGAAUCACGUCUUUCCCAAGCUUGCGGUGUACAAUUCUGUUGACCCUUCGGUUGCACCAUCCCUUCUCAUGCUCAAUCAGCAGUGUGAGGAUAGGAGUGUUCUGCGAUAUGUCUAUUAUUACUUGGCCAGAAUUUUAUCAGAUACUGGUGCACAAGGUGUGAGCACUGGUGGUGGGAUCCCAACUCCAAACUGGGAUGCUUUAGCUGACAUUGAUGCUGUUGGAGGGGUGACGAGAGCUGAUGUUGUACCGAGAAUAGUAAAUCAGCUAACAACAGAGGCAUCAAAUGCUGAAGCAGAAUUUCAUGCCCGAAGACUGCAAGCUUUAAAGGCUCUUACAUAUGCUCCUUCGACCAAUUCUGAAAUAUUGUCCAAAUUGUACGAAAUUGUGUUUGGCAUUCUUGAUAAGGUUGCUGAUGGCCCACAAAAACGCAAGAAAGGUGUGUUUGGGACUAAAGGUGGCGAUAAGGAGAUUCUGGAUGUUGUUCUAAUUGCAAAUGCUGUGGUGGGGGAAGUGAGGAAGAAGAAGAAAGAUGGGCUGGUGUUUAAGAUAGACUUUGUGAAGCCCUAUGAUUAUGCGGAUUGGUGCUUUUUGGAUUUUGUUUCGGAAGAUAAAGGGCUUUGGGGAAGUCUGGAGAAAGUGGAUUUCAUCCUCAGGACUAACUUGCAAUAUGCCGCCCUAAGUGCUUUGAGGAGACUUCCGUUGGAUCCAGGAAACCCUGCAUUUCUAUAUCGUGCUGUUCAAGGAAUUUCAUUUGCUGAUCCUAUUGCUGUAAGGCAUGCCUUGGAAAUUCUAUCUGAGCUAUCUACAAAAGACCCUUAUGCAGUUGCAAUGGCCUUAGGGAAACAUGCAGAGCCUGGAGGGGCUUUGCAGGAUGUCCUCCAUUUACAUGAUGUUCUUGCUAGAGUCGCUCUAGCGAGGUUGUGCUAUACAAUUUCUAGAGCACGAGCCUUGGAUGAGAGAGCUGAUAUUCGAUCUCAGUUCAAUUCUGUGCUUUAUCAACUCCUCCUGGAUCCCAGCGAAAGAGUCUGUUUUGAGGCAAUCCUAUGUAUAUUGGGGAAACACGAUAGUGCAGAGAGGACUGAAGAGCGAGCUGCUGGAUGGUACCGAUUAACUAGGGAGAUUCUCAAAUUGCCAGAAGCACCUUCUGUUAAGGAUUCCUCCAAAGAUAAAGCUCAGAAGACAAGGCGUCCACAACCCCUUAUUAAACUUGUAAUGAGAAGGUUGGAGAGUUCUUUCCGUAGUUUCUCUAGGCCAGUACUCCAUGCAGCAGCAAGAGUUGUGCAAGAGAUGGGGAAAAGUCGGGCUGCUGCAUUUUCUCUAGGCAUACAGGAUAUUGAUGAAACAGUGCAUGUCAAUACAUUUUCUGAGACUCUUGAUUCACAGGAUUUGGAUAGUACUGAAACCUCACAUCCCGAAAGUAUCCGAAGAACUUCUUCUUUAUCUACUGGAGUAGGUGGCAAGGAUACAAUUGCUAGUUUGUUAGCUUCAUUGAUGGAAGUUGUGCGGACAACUGUGGCGUGUGAGUGUGUUUAUGUUCGAGCAAUGGUAAUUAAGGCGCUGAUCUGGAUGCAAAGUCCCCAUGAUUCGUUUGAUCAACUAGAAUCUAUUAUUGCAUCAGAGCUUUCUGAUCCAGCUUGGCCAGCCACACUAUUGAAUGAUAUUUUACUCACAUUGCAUGCUCGUUUUAAGCUAAUGAGGGAUCCCUAA